AUGUCCUGUCCCGACUGCUUCUCCGGCCAUAUCCAUGCUGGCUCUCCGCAGGGGAAUGUGACCUCACUGCACGGGUUGGACGUUUACGUCGCGGAGCCAUCUGCUGGGUCCGAUGCCGUUCGGGGAAUUAUUAUCAUCGUCCCCGAUGCCUUUGGGUGGGAGUUUGUGAACAAUCGCAUCUUGGCGGAUCAUUAUGCCGAGAAGGGCAAGUAUAGGGUUUAUCUGCCGGAUUUCAUGAAUGGACGACCGGCGCCCAUCUGGCUGAUCGACACUAUGCGCUCGCUGAUGAAACCCAAAAACACCCUGUUUGACUGGGUGACCAAACCAUACCAUGCCGUGUGGGCCGCCUCGGCCUUCAUUCGAUUCCUUUACUACAACAAGUUCAGCGCGUCCUGGCCUGUGGUACGACCGUUCUUCGCCGCGGUCCGUCAGAACGAAGGCGCCCGGCUCCCCAUCGCGGCGGCGGGCUUUUGCUGGGGCGGAAAGCACACGGUACAUCUGGCGCACGGGGCCGAGGUGGAUGGCAAGCCCCUGAUCAAUGCCGGGUUCACGGGCCAUCCGAGUCUCUUGGAGCUUCCCGGCGAGAUCGAGAAGAUCAAGGUCCCGACGAGUUUUGCCAUGGGUGAGCUGGAUAAUGCGGUCAAGAUGCCGCAGAUCAUGCAGAUCAAGGAUAUCGUAGAGACUCGGAACAGCGUCGGGGAGGUGAAGGUCUACUACGGCGCUGGUCACGGGUUCUGCGUGCGAGCGGACACGGCGUUGGAGAAUGCGGAUAAGCAGGCAGUCGAGGCGGAGGACCAGGCGCUGGACUGGUUUAAUCGGCACUUUGCGGACGUUUCGUUUGAGUGA